AUGAGCUCCGGUGAGAAUUCCUUCCAACCUGCCCCGUUCCUGCUGCUAGUGGGCAUUCCGGUGGCAAGUGUCCUCCUUCUGGUCCAGUGCCUGCGAUGGCACUGUCCCCGCUGGCUGCGGGCCAGCUGGAAGCUGGACAGGCAAGUGGAGCCAGUACCCCAUCCCACUCCCCUCCCUGAAGAUGAGUCUCCACACCAGGGCCCUUCGGCCGCCCUGUCGGAGAUGGCCGCCUUCUACCAGGAGCUGCACACGCCCACCCAGGGCCAGACCGUCACCCGGCUGCUGAUGCACAAGCUGCUGGUGUUUGCGGCUCGGGAGGUGGAUCACCGCGGUGGCUGCCUGAUCCUGCGGGACACGGGCAUCUCGCUGCUCAUCCCUCCAGGCGCCGUGGCCUUGGGCCGCCAGGAGCGGGUGUCACUGGUCCUGGUGUGGGACCUGUCGGAUGGCCCGAAAUUGUCCCGAGCCCAGGGGCUGGUGAGCCCCGUGGUGGCAUGCGGACCCCAUGGGACCUCCUUCCUGAAGCCCUGCACCCUCACCUUCAAGCACUGCGCCCAGGUGCCCAGCCACGCCCACGCCUACAGCAGCAACACCAACCUGCUCGACGCUAAAAAAGACUGGAAGCCCCUGGGGAAGCGGGACAUCCACACCUCCCUGGACGAGUGUCGCAUCCAGCUCUCCCACUUCAGCCUCUACACGUGUGUGCUGGAGGCACCCAAGGUCCAGGAAGCUCGCAAAUGGCUGCAGCUGGCUGUGUUCUGCUCGCCGCUGGCGCCGGGGCAGACCCACCUGCAGCUGCGUGUCUACUUCCUCAACAACACGCCCUGUGCCCUGCAGUGGGCCCUGACCAAUGAGCAGCCCCACGGCGGGCGCCUGCGAGGGCCCUGCCAGCUCUUUGACUUCACUGGGGCCCGCGGGGACCAGUGCCUCAAGCUCAAGUACAUCUCUGAGGGUUGGGAGAACGUGGAUGACAGCAGUUGCCAGGUGAUUCCCCAUCUUCACAUCUGGCAUGGGAAGUGCCCCUUCCGCUCCUUCUGCUUCCGGAGGAAAGCAGCCAAUGAGAACGAGGACUGCUCGGCACUAGCCAAUGAGAUCAUCGUCACCAUGCACACCUUCCAGGAUGGCUUGGAGACCAAGUACAUGGAAAUCCUCAGGUUUCAGGCCUCAGAGGAAGAAGCCUGGGCCGCGCCGCCCCCUGUCGCCCAGGCUCCCCCGUGCAAUAGGCUGCCCCCCGAGCUCUUUAAGCAGCUGCAGAUGUUGCUGGAGCCGGACAGCAUCACAGGCAACGACUGGCGGAGACUGGCCUCCCACCUGGGGCUCUGCGGCAUGAAGAUCCGCUUCCUGUCCUGCCAGAGCAGCCCUGCUGCGGCCAUCCUAGAGCUGUUUGAGGAACAGAACGGCAGCCUGCAGGAGCUGCAUUACCUCAUGACCCUCAUGGAGCGGCUGGACUGCGCCUCUGCCAUCCAGAGCUACAUGGGCAGCCCGGCCCCCAUCCGCAUGGGCGCCUGGAAGAACCAGGGCCUGGAGCUGGACGUGAAGCUCUGA